UCUGGGCCCCACAUGGCAGUCCUCUUUCCCCGGACGCCGCGCUCUUCCUCCGCCCUUCCCUUCACCUCACCUCCCAUGGCGGUAGCCCCUCCACCCGCUCACCCUCGUCAGCCCUAACCCUAGAUCCCACCCCCACUCUCACACCACAAUCACAAACACAGACCGCACUACGCCACUCCUCCCUUGUCCCCUCCAUCUCCUCCGUCCGUCUCCAUGGAGGCGGGCACCGGCACCGGCUGCAGCGCCCGGACGCUGGCGGCGUGCGUCAUCGGCGGCAUUGUGCUGGGCGCCUCCGUGCUCGUUCCGUCCCUGCCGCCGCUCGACGCCGUCAGGCGCCGCCUCCGCCGCCCCGUGCGCGUCUACAUGGACGGCUGCUUCGACAUGAUGCACUACGGACACUGCAACGCGCUGCGCCAGGCGCGCGCCCUCGGGGACGAGCUCAUCGUCGGCGUCAUCAGCGACGAAGAGAUCAAGGCCAACAAAGGGCCGCCAGUUACGCCGCUCCACGAGAGAAUGAUAAUGGUCCGUGCUGUGAAAUGGGUGGAUGAUAUCAUUCCAGAUGCACCUUAUGCCAUAACCGAAGAGUUCAUGAACAAGCUAUUCACUGAGUACAACAUAGAUUACAUUAUCCAUGGUGAUGAUCCUUGUUUGCUACCAGAUGGCACUGAUGCAUAUGCCCUUGCCAAAAAGGCUGGCCGAUAUAAGCAGAUUAAAAGAACAGAGGGAGUGUCAACAACAGACAUUGUUGGACGGAUGCUUCUUUGUGUUAGAGAGAGAUCAUCUUCUGAUGCCCACAAUCACUCUUCGCUACAAAGGCAAUUCAGUAGUGGACAUGGUCAGAAAGUUGAUGAUAGUGGAUCUGGAAGUGGAACUAGAGUAUCUCAUUUCCUUCCUACAUCUAGGCGAAUAGUUCAGUUCUCAAACAGCAGGGGUCCAGGUCCAGAUUCUCGGAUAAUUUACAUAGAUGGUGCAUUUGAUCUGUUCCACGCUGGACAUGUCGAGAUAUUGCGGCUUGCUCGAGAACUUGGAGACUUUUUGCUUGUGGGCAUUCACACAGAUCAGACCAUAAGUUCAACGCGAGGACGACAUCGCCCAAUCAUGAAUCUUCAUGAAAGAAGUUUGAGUGUUUUGGCUUGUCGUUAUGUUGAUGAGGUGAUCAUUGGUGCUCCAUGGGACGUUUCAAAAGACAUGAUUACCACAUUCAAUAUUUCGUUGGUCGUUCAUGGAACAAUUGCUGAGAAUAUGGACUAUGCAAAGGAUGAUGCAAAUCCAUAUGCUGUUCCAAUGGCUAUGGGUAUUUACCAUAGGCUGGAGAGCCCUUUGGAUAUCACUACAAGUACUAUUAUAAGGAGGAUUGUUGCUAACCAUGAAGCUUACCAGUGCACCUGAUGCAUCCUGCACUGUACUGGGCGGGGUCACCAUCACCACCCGGCAGGGCAUGCGCCUCCGACCUUGGCCGGCGACAGGAUGACGAGACGUUGUUUGACGCGGCCGGAGGUGCCAAGGUGAGCCUCAAACCGCGCGCGGCGGCGACCAACAUGAAUACGGCUCAGAGGCAUCAUGGCUUGGCCACGGGGAAGGACGACGCUUUCUUGGGAGACCUUAUGGUUAGAGAUUUCUUGGCAUCACGGCGACAUUAUGCACCAUGAAUUUUCUCUUCCAUCUCCAGAUCGAUAUCCUUGAUGAACGAUGCUCUUGCCUUCAGUCGUGCUAGCUUUGUCGCGCAAGAUUGUCUGGCCUCGUUGCUUUAUGGUCCCCUGCAGCUUGGCUUCCUGAUCUGCUCAGGCGAUGAUCUAUCUGGAUGACCCAACCCAACUCCCCAGUGUCUUCGUGUCUGUCGUCGUCUACAAGUUUCUGAAUUCUGACUCUAAAUAAGGCACUAUGCAUGGUAGUCUGCCCAUCACAUCCGCACCGGCCAAUUUUGCUGAUACAAUAACCUUCGGGAUGACCAUAAUCGCCACCGACUCGUCCUAACAUGUCAUGGUUCAACUUUCACGGAAUGGUCUGAUAACAAUAUAUGAUCACGCGUAACUGGAGGCUUGAAGCUGGCUUCAAAAUACAGAGAAAAAUGUUCAGGGUGUCAUUUUCGCUCACUAUUAAGUACCAUAAUCACAUUCUGCAUUCUUGUGCGUGAUUUGUGAUAAUGUGCUCUAGUCCGAAACUCUGAAUGUACUGAAAUUGUACCAGCUUGGUUAAAACGUCGUCAUCGAUUGGCUUGGUUAAAACG